AUGGUCAGCCUAGAACGGAGCCGCCAAGCCGCAGCGGCCCUACGACUCCCUCCGUCCGCGCAGCUCUCCGGCGGCGGCGGCAAGCCCUCCUCGGGGCAGCCUCCCUCCGGCGGCCGGCAAGCGGGGACCCCGGGGCUGCUAGUCGUCCUGCGGGCCGGAGGAGGAUGCGCCGCCGGGCUCUCCCCCGCCGCCCGGAGGCCUGUCCUUUCGAUGGUCACGGGAAUGGGCUGGGACCCGGGGCAGAGGUGGCUUGAGGGGCCGUCCGCGUCUCCAGCUGCCCGGCGUCCAGGCCCGGUUCAGCGGAGGGCAGUCCUAAAUCCCGUGGUCUCCCCCGCUCCCUCCCCUGGGGUGGCCGCCGCCCCUCCGGGGGCCAGGGCGGACACGGCCUUGGAGGCGCCACUCCGCAGGAGGAAGAGCUGGCCCGACGGGCGACUGACUCCCGCGGGCCCGCCGCCCCGCGCCCCCAAGCGCCACGUCGGGCUGCCGGGCUCGGGGAGGGAGACCGUGGCGCGGGGGCGGCCCAGAAGGCCCCCCCACCCGGCUGGCCUCCAGCCCCAUGCCGGGGCUGCGCAAGGGAGGCCUUGGCGGCCAAAGGCAACGUGGCCCCAGACGCCGCUCCCGGCCGCCCCGCCCUCGCCAAAGGCCAGCCCGGGAGCCGCCGCCAGACGCAGCGGCCCUCGGGCAUCGCCCCGCCUUGACUUCGGCCGGGCGGCCGGGAGCGGCGCAGAGCUCCCGCUGUGCGCCGGCUGCAGCCAGCCCAUCGGCGACCGCUUCAUCCUGAAGGUGCUGGAGCGGCCCUGGCACGGCCGAUGCCUCCGCUGCCGCGACUGCCAGGCGCCGCUGGCCGAGCGCUGCUUCAGCCGCGGCGGAGACGGCGCCCUCUUCUGCAAGGACGACUUCUUCAAGAGGUUCGGGACCAAGUGCGCCGCCUGCCAGCAAGGCAUCCCCCCCACGCAGGUGGUGCGGCGGGCCCAGGACUUCGUCUACCACCUGCCCUGCUUCGCCUGCGUCGUCUGCAAGCGGCAGCUGGACACCGGCGACGAGUUCUACCUGAUGGAAGACAGCCGGCUGGUCUGCAAGGCCGACUACGAGACCGCCAAGCAGCGAGAGGCUGAAUCCACAGCAAAGAGACCCCGCACAACAAUCACAGCCAAACAAUUGGAAACCUUGAAAAAUGCUUACAACAACUCACCCAAGCCAGCUCGGCAUGUGAGAGAGCAGCUGUCUUCUGAGACAGGCCUGGAUAUGCGAGUUGUGCAGGUUUGGUUCCAGAACAGAAGGGCCAAAGAAAAACGCUUAAAGAAAGAUGCUGGGAGACAAAGAUGGGGGCAGUACUUCAGAAACAUGAAACGAUCGAGAGGGAACUCCAAAUCGGACAAGGAGAGUAUCCAGGAAGAAGGCCCUGACAGUGAUGCUGAGGUCUCCUUUACAGAUGAGCCAUCUAUGUCAGAGAUCAACCACUCCAAUGGGAUUUACAGCAACCUCAGUGAAACCUCCCCUGCUCUGGGGAGGCAAGCUGGGAGCAACAGCAGCUUCUCUUUGGAACACGGCAGCAUUCUGCCUCAGGAACAAUACCACGACCUCCGAUCCAACAGCCCCUACGGCAUACCUCCAUCACCAGCCUCUUUGCAAGCUUUGCCUGGUCACCAGUCUCUGAUGUCUACCUUGGUUUACCCUGACAAUGGCUUGGGUCCCAUAGGUCAAGGUGGGCCAGCUGUGCCUCCACCCAUGAGAGGGCUAGGUGGGAAUGGAGCCAGUUCGGAUCUCUCCACAGGAAGCAGCGGAGGCUACCCAGACUUCCCUGCAAGCCCUGCCUCUUGGCUAGAUGAAGUUGAUCAUGCUCAGUUUUGAUACAGGAUUCAAGAGC